AUGAGAAAGAGAAAGAUGAGGAGGAGAAGAUUGAAGGAGGAACAGUGGCAAGAGGAAAAGAAGAGGGAGAAAGAGAGAAGAAAAAGAAGGGAGGAGAAAAAGCGACAGGAAGGAGAGAGGAGAAAGAGAAGGACGAGGAGAAGGAGAAGAAUGAGGAAGAACAAGAACAAGAAGAAUAAGGAGGAGCAAGAGGAGAAGGAGAAGAAACAACGAAUGAGAGGGAGAUGGAGAAAGAGGAGGAUAAGAAGCAAGAGGAAAUGCAGGGGAAAAAGGAGGGAGAGAUGCAGAAGAACUAGAAGAGGAGGAAUAAGAAGAAUGAGGGAGGAGAAGGAAAAGGAUGAGAAGAAGAAGAAGGAGAAAUAGGAAAAUC